AUGUUGAGUGGAGCACAUUUAAGGGUGAUGGAUGAGAGACCAGGCCAGGCAAUUUUACUGAGUCUGGGAUGCCAGAGAGAUAACAGGUCUGCGUGCUCCACCGACGGGAAUCGCUGUGUGGACGCGGCCGAGGCGUGCACUGCAGACGAGCAGUGCCAGCAACUGCGCUCGGAGUACGUGGCGCGAUGCCUGGGCCGGGCGGCUCCCGGGGGUUGGCCGGGAUCCGGGGGCUGCGUGCGCUCCCGCUGCCGCCGUGCCCUGCGCCGCUUCUUCGCCCGCGGGCCUCCGGCGCUCACGCAUGCGCUGCUCUUCUGCGGAUGCGAAGGCCCCGCGUGCGCCGAGCGACGGCGCCAGACCUUCGCGCCCGCCUGUGCGUUCUCGGGCCCCGGGCCGGCGCCGCCUUCCUGCCUGAAGCCCCUGGACCGCUGCGAGCGCAGCCGCCUGUGCCGGCCCCGUCUCCUUGCCUUCCAGGCCUCGUGCGCUCCCGUGCCCGGCUCCCGCGACGGCUGCCCGGAGGAGCGGGGUCCGCGGUGUCUGCGCGCCUACGCAGGCCUCGUAGGCACCGUGGUCACCCCCAACUACCUGGACAACGUGAGCGCGCGUGUCGCGCCCUGGUGCGGCUGCGAGGCCAGCGGAAACCGGCGCGAAGAGUGUGAAGCCUUCCGAAAGCUCUUUACAAGGAACCCCUGCUUGGAUGGUGCCAUACAGGCCUUUAACAGCUUCCAGCCAUCAAUUCUACAGGACCAGCGGAACCCCUACCAGAAUGCUGGGUGCUGUUUCCCGAAGGCCCGGGGUGGGGGGCAUGAGUGGCCUGAGAAGGGAUGGAGGCAGAAACUGUCCCCAUUUUGUUCUCACUCCCAAGGUGUCCUCGAUACCCAUUCUCACUGCCCUGGCUCUCCAGGCCCUGCUCUAAUUAGGAAGGUGAGCCAUGGACAACACAGCUGACCACCGUGUCUCUGGAUUACUGCUCACUGACCUGAAACUCCCUUGCCCUCAGGUCUGCUGUCCUUUGCAGGUCUGAACCCUGUGUGGCUGUCCCCUGGAGUGAGGGCUGGAGGGUAGGGUCUGACUGAAAAGCCUGUGUUCCUGUCAGUAGGCAUCUUGUCUGUUUUCUUCACCAUCCUGGAGAUAAGCACCAUUGAUUAGAUGAAGCCGCAUUGGGCGCCUUGGGCUUACAGAGCAGGAGAGAGACUAGCCCCGACUCCUAGAAUUUGGAACUGUCCUUUUCCAAGAAGACAGGGUACUCAGGAGAUCAUAUGAACAGACUGACAGACAAGAUUGCCUCCAGUUAGCUUUAUUUAGCUUUAUUUUAUUAGACUGAAGUCUAAAUACCCUCCCAGUUAGCCAUUACUCACUACUAGGCCUACCCAUGCUCCAGGACCAGCACUGACAUUG